AUGGCCACUCGAACGAAAACCCCGCGUAAGCCGUCGUCUUCAGGUCGUUCCCGCCGUUCAGAAACCCCACAGGUGAUUCCCGAGGGAGACGAAACUGGCGAAGUCGUCGUCUCCACACCGGCAGUACAAGAUGGAUCUCAGACCCCAUUGAGCCCCAGUCAGAGCCGAGCCGAAGAGAAAGAGGAGCUGAAGCAACUCAAUUCGCGUCUCGCGGCGUACAUCGACCGCGUCGUUGCAUUGCAAGACGAGAACCGCCGCCUGAGCACUCAAGUUACAGCCAAAGAAGAAGUCGUGACGAGGGAAGUGACAGCCGUUAAAGUCACGUACGAGAAGCAGUUGAAUGAAGUGAAGGAGCACUAUGACACCGUUGUCAAGGAGCGCGCGGGUUUGCAAGUGGAGAUGCGCACGAUCCGCGCAGAGAACCAGGAGCUGAAAGAAGCGGCGAAGCGACUGGAGCGCGACUUGGCGAAGCGAGAGCAGGAAUUUAACGAGGCCCAGAAUCGCGCCAAUGAACUGAGUGGUAAGAUGGUGCAAGUGCAAGCUGCCGCCGAUCGCGCCCUCGACGAACACCGCAAGAUGAAGCUGAAAUUGGCCGAGGCGCUCAAGGACAUGGACGACAAGCGUCGCGAGAUUGGCGAAGUCCGCACUGCCUGCAACGCCGCCGAUGUGAAACGCGUCGAACUGGAGGCAAAAGUGCAGAGUUUGUCGGAUGAUCUUAGUCGAACCACUGAAAUCCACGAGAAGCAGCUGCGGGAGGUUCGCUUCAGCAAGCAGUCCGAAAUCAGCGAAGUAGACUCCAGGCUGCAGGAAGAGUACAGCACGCGCUACGAAGACCAGCUGCAGGAACUUCGGGAACACUACGAAGACAUGAUGGAGAGGAACCGAGAAACCGCUGACAAAUUCUAUAACGACUCGAUCGCGUCCCUGAAAAGUGAGUAUGAUAGGAAGAUGGGCGAGAUGUCGGGCCAGCGAGAGGAUGUACGGCAGCUCAAGUCUCGCGUCGACUCGCUCAUGCGUCGCCUUUCGGAGAAGGAAGAAGAAUCGAAGCGCAAUGAAGACCGGAAUCGGGAGCUGGAGUUUCAACUGUCCAACGAACGCGAUCGUUAUGGAGUCAUGUUGUUUGAGAAGGAAGAGGUCGUCACUGAGCUGCAGAAAAAGAUUGCGGACUUGAUGAAACAGUUGCAGGACUUGAGUGACGCUAACAUACGACUGGACAUGGAGAUUGCGACGUACAGGAACCUGCUGGAGGGAGAAGAAUCCCGGUUGAAUUUGACGCCAAGUGGCCCCGAGAGCCGUGCAAAGAGACAGCGUUUGUCAAAGACAAGGACGCCGGGUCGUGUGGAGUCCACGUCGUCCCCGUUGUCGCGCUUGUGGCCGUUGUCGAGGACGCCAUCUGCCGGAUCGGACACUAGGCCCAGGAAGCGCACGUUCCAGGCAAUGCAGACUGCAGAAACCCACGACGACAGCCUGAGCAAGUCUCUGGGCGCCACGGGGGAUAUCGAGAUCAGCGAAGUUGAUCCCGCCGGCGGGUUUGUCAGAGUGAAGAACAAGGGCUCUGCGGAUGUGACCAUGACGGGAUACUCGCUGAAGCAUACCGCUUCGGGCCCUGGAGGCGCCGGAGACGGACCACUGACUUUCAAGUUCCCGAGGAUCAACUUGAAGGCCGGCGCAGUGACGACGGUGUGGAGCGGGGAUUCCUCGGCGUCUCACCAGGCGCCCGAGUCGCUGGUGAUGAAGAACCAGAAGUGGAUCGCUGGCAAGCAGACGAGGACGGCGCUCUUGGACGCCAACGACGCCGAGAUUGCGUGGUUUGAAAUUAAGCGCGACUCGUCCACGCAUGCCUCGCUCACGUCGUCGUCGUCGUCCGUCCGCGAGGAGUUGCAUCAUCAGGAUGACAGAGCAGCAGUGGAAUUCCUGUCCCAGCGCGGGCGAUCCGUGACCCCGUCGAGCACGGAUUCCCAGAUAUCGUCCACCGUCAUCAUCAACGGGGCCUGGGCCAAGUCCGUGUCCAGCGACGGAGGUGAAAGUGAAAAUGCGGAAACCGUGGUGUUGGUGCCGGGAAUGCCGCCGGUGGAGCGUGACGACUUUACGAUGUCGUCGCCGCCGGUGACGGCUCCAGCGGAUCCUGUCCCAGCACCUGCGGCGCCGGAGAACAAGAGCUGGGCGAGUCUGUUCAAGGGCGCCACCCCAACACCGGCGACGCCGUCUCAGCGGGACCAAAUCAAGUCCAAGUCGGCCGUGGCAACCUCGCCUCCUCCGCCGUUGCCCAAUUACUUCAGUUACCCGACGCUGGGAGCGAUAAAUGUGGCAUCCAUCGUGGAUCAGGUAACGGUGUGUCUGAAGAAGUUGUCCUUGGACCACUCAGCAGUCUGGUACCGUCCUAGGGGACUCACGAAUCGCGGCAACUGGUGCUUCGUCAACUCCGUUCUCCAGGCCCUGGUGGCGUGUCCACCGUUUCACCGCCUGCUUAAGUCGUUGUCGCAGGGUGUCGACCUGAACCUGGGCGUGGCCGGCGUCAGUGAGAAAUUACCUAUCCUGUGCAGCAUGUUGAAGCUCAUUGCGGAGUUUCCGUCCAUGCCGAAGAUUAACGUGGCAGCAGGCGGUGGCGGCAGCAGCAAGUCGCGCGGAGGUCUGAAAACGCCCAAUGAUAACAUUGGGCCUUCAUUCGAACCCACCUGGGUGUACAAGAUUUUGCGUCUCGGCGGAGAUGCUUUCAAGGUUGAAGGAAGGCAAGAAGAUGCUGAAGAGUUCAUGAGCUUCCUUUUGAAUGGACUGCACGAGGAAUUCCUGGAAGUUGAGAAGCGAAGCAAAUCUGUGAAUGGCGUUGGGGAAGGCGAUCCGACGUCCAAGACCAACAACGAUGCCAAAAGUGGAAUGGACAAUGACGAGAAUGACGACGACGACGACUGGGUCACGCAGGGCCCGAAGAAGAAGGCGUUCAUCACGCGCGUCGCCCGUUCCGAGCCGUCUGCUAUCAGCGAAGUAUUUCAGGGCCAGAUCCGAACAAUAGUGUCUGUGUCCCACUUGAUGCCGUCGGCUUCGCUGCAGCCCUUCUUUUGCUUGCCACUGGACAUCCAGGCCGAAGGCGUCGGCACGGUGGAGGAUGCUAUUCAGGCCAUGGUGACGAGUCAGGUGGAGCACGUAGACGGGGUGGACCGUACUCAUCAGUUGGUCCUGGAGGCUCUUCCGCAGGUUUUGAUUCUGCAACUCAAGAUGUUCUUGUACGAGCGGUCCUUGGGCGGGGACCGGGGCUGUCGGAAGCUGCAGAAGAAGUUCUCGUUUGGACAGGAGCUGGAGAUCCGUCGCGAAUGGCUGUCGCAGACGUCGAAACCUCGUUACGGAUUCGCGCAGCGCCUCUACCGCCUCGCCGCCGUCAUUUGGCACGAAGGUGCCGAGGCGACCAAGGGCCACUACAUUGCGGACGUGUAUCACCCGGCCUGGGGCGAGUUCCUGCGCCACGACGACGCUCAGGUCGAGCCUUUGUCUGCCCUGCAAACGGGCCCCACGACGGCGUCGUCCACUUCUGCAUCGUCGUCGUCGUCCUCUCGAGUGCCUUACUUGUUGCUGUACCGCCGGUCCGACACCCUCGCAUCUGGGGCUGGCUCGAGGCGGGGUUGAUCGUUAUUUUCUCGAAAACUAUGCAUUUUUUUUUUCCAACAAAUUUUAUCGUUUCCCCGGACCACAAAUCCUUCUUAACCGUGAUUCAGCCGCAAUGAGUAAGUUCUCGUCACCAGACCGCUGACUUGCGAGGAUUAGAUGUGACAGUUGGAACCGAAGAUGCUAAGCUUAAUUGAAGGCAUUAGUCAAGUCAAGGCUUUUAAAAAGCUUGUCAGAUUUGAAAUUCCAAGCAGACGGUGCGCACGAGUUGGCUUUACUCGUCAUGAACUGGAUGAACUUGCUCAUUGCCGGUAGUUGUCUGACGCGCGCUCGAAUGCUGGUCGUGCUCCCUCCCCCUCGUUUCGUUUUCCUCGAACGGGGCGCGAAAAUUUGCAAGUGCCCCGAGCUGCCUAAUUUUUAUACUUGAUGUUUUUCGCGGAACUCGAGCCGUUCCUCGUUGUUUUGGCCCAGUGGCUGGUUUUGUUGAGUUGCUUUGACGGCCGACAAUUGGCGGCACAUUUAAGAUUAAGGGAUGAUGAACUCUUUGUUUUGUUUGUUUUUCCCCCGAUCGCGUUUUGGAAAGACUUACGACAAGUUUAAAGUGUUCUUCCUGUUGCUGGUGAUUUGAUCCAUCCACAAGUUACAUCUCUGCGCAUUUUCGUUUUUUUAGGGGGGUUUGUUUUCAUUGCGCAGAGGUAAAAGCAGGGACAUUGUGAUACUUGGCUCUCCCCGAAAAGGGAUGAGUAUGUGUGCAAGGUGCGGAAGAUUUCUGUCCAGCUCUUCUUAGUUUUUUUUUUGUUUUUGCAUGCUUUUGCCCUGUCCAACUUUCUCCACCAAUUUAUUCUUGGAGUCAUUUCAAACUUGUACGUUCUUUCGCCAGCCAUGUUCAUUUCAUCUCCUGUGUUUUCGACUGGCUUAUCCAUCCGUGCAAUCAAUCAGUGGGUCAUUACUCCUGAAAUAAAUUCAUUUGGAAAGUUACAGGAGAGUAACUUGCAGGAGACCAAUCUCUUGGAUUUCGAAUAUACUGCAUGUAUGUUCGAAUCUACAUGAGUUGGAGUCCGUGCCAAAUCCUCAUCCUUCCUUUUUUUUUUAUUUAUUAUUAAUGUUUGAAAUCGCUUCACCCUGGCUCAUGCCGAAAGCUUGAGAAAUUGAAAAGUUUCAAAGCUGGACUUUUUCGCAAAAUGCGCGGAUUAUUCAUCAAAAAAGAAAUAAAUUCUGGCGCGAUGAAAUUGAGAAAUUCAAGUGGUUCUGGUGUGAACUGUGAGGUGCGUUCAAGCGUGUGUUAGUUGCUCGAUUUAUACGAAAGAGAAAGGUUGCACGAUUUUGAAAACGUGAUCUUGGAUGCAGAAGAUUCCCCGUGU